UUGUCACAGUGCACCUGUCCUCUCCUCUCUCUUACAGCUGAUGCUUUCUUCAAAGCUGCGAUAAGCCUGGUGCCAGAGGUUCCGAGGACAAUCAGCGUGGAUGGGAAGGUGCGACCGUCGGAGUCAUUCCUCCUGGAGUUCCUCUGCAACUUCUUCUCCACGUUAUUAAUUGUCCCGGAUCACCCGGAGCAUGGGGUCCUGUUUCUUGUCCGAGAGCUUCUCAAUGUGAUCCAGGACUACACCUGGGAGGACAACAGUGACGACAGAAUCCGCAUCUACACCUGCGUCCUCCAUCUGCUGUCUGCCAUGAGCCAGGAGACUUAUCUGUACCACAUAGACAAAGUCGACUCCAACGACAGCCUCUACGGAGGAGACUCCAAGUUCCUGGCUGAGAACAACAGGCUGUGUGAGGCGGUGAUGGCGCAGAUCCUGGGACACCUGAAGACCCUGGGCAAGGACGAGGCCCUGAAGCGGCAGAGCACAUUGGGCCUCUCCUUCUUCAACAGCAUCUUGGCCCACGGAGACCUGCGCAACAACAAGCUGAACCAACUGUCUGUCAACCUGUGGCACCUGGCGCAGAGGCAUGGCUGUGCAGACACCAGGACCAUGGUAAAAACUCUGGAAUACAUCAAGAAGCGAAGCAAACAACCAGACAUGACUCACCUGACGGAGCUGGCACUGAGACUCCCCCUGCAAACAAGGACCUGAGCCCCGCUCCAACAGAUGUCCAAAGUUGGGCCGGCUCUGCUGUCCUGAGCCCCCAUUGGAAUUUAGGUUUUUGAUUUUAUUUUUACAUAUACACAGAUGCAUGGUUUAAACUUUGGCCUUUGCCCAGGGUAUUCUGGCAGCAAAGGGGAACUGUCAGAGUAUUAAAAGCAAGUGUUGUUCUACGAGAGCAGCAUCUCAGUGUUUCCUUGCAGAAGGGGUCUUAGGGCUCUCAGGAAGGCCCAGGGAAGGUUGGGUGGGCUUUAGCCAGGGAGUAACAACAAAACGCAAAUAACUUUCUUUUUUGCAAAAGGUUGCUUUUCUUACGGUUUGGAAAAAGAAUUUUGAAAAGCAGUCCACUGUUGCAGAUGCUGUAAGUUAGGGAGAACACCCAUGGAAGACUUAGAAAGGCAACUCUACCACCCAGUUAGUAUUGUUUCUUACCAAAAGCAGCACAGCUGCACUUACAAUCUGCCGGUGGCCCAAAGGAGAAAGUGAGGUCCACUAUGAGGCUGGCUGUGGCUUCAAAGCCUGCUGCCCCAAACACGUGGCCUGCAGGACCAGCUGUACCCAGCACUGAUCACUGAUCACUUCUGAUUUCUCCAGAAAAAAGCGUGCACAUCUGGCAUCAGCCUGGUUUGCUUUGCAACUGCAAUCCUCAGCAGUGCAUUGCUCCGUCUACUUUCCUACUGCCAGUUGGCAUCCAGUGACUUUAUUUCAAAUCAGUAAGAAGCAUGGAUAGUGAUUGGUGAUUCAAAAUCUAGAACCCAGUCUGUAAAACUGCACCAGGUGUGGACCAAGUGCUCCAAACUAGCAGGACUACAUGGGAUACCGCAUCAUCCCAGCUACUCGGAAGGGAGGCUGAGGCAGGAGAAUCACGAGCCUGGGAGCUUCGGGCCAGCCGGGCUACACA